AUGACUAAUAAUAGCGCCAGCAGCCUGGCCAAAACCUCCCGUAUCCUCAUUGUUGGGGCUGGUGUGUUCGGCUUGAGUACCGCCAUCCACGCAGCGCGCCGGGGAUACACCAAUAUCACAGUUUUCGACCGUCAGCCGUAUGAACAAUCCAACUAUGACUUUGACAAGGGUUGCGAUGCUGCUUCAGCAGAUAUCAACAAAAUCGUGCGUACCGCCUACGGAGACGAGAUAGAUCAUCAAGAAAUGUGCACCGAGGCGAUCAAAGAGUGGCGAGAAUGGGACCAAGAGAUAGCGUCUGGGAAAGACCUCCCUCCAGGCAUGACGACAGAAGACAGAGUCUUCGUCAACAAUGGUAGCUUGUCACUGAGCGCUACUGAGCGCUUGGAUAAGUACGAGGUCGAUUCUAUACACGGCAUGAGAGCUGCCGGGCUCGGGAAGUCUGCUCUCGUGACGUCGGAUGAUAGGGACCAAGCAGAGGCCAGCAAACAAGGUUUCGCACAUGCCCUCGAUCCAUUCCGCCGCAAGGAAAAAGGACUACCGUAUAUCGGCUUGCUUGACACAACGGGCGGCUAUGCGGUAGCUGAUAACGCCUGCCGUCUGGCUCUUCACAAAGCCAAGAGGCUGGGUGUCAGGUUUGUGUUUGGAGAUAACAGGGGCUCCUUGAAGGAGUUGGUCUAUCGCGACGAGUCCAGGACUGACGUGACCGGGAUUAUUACGGAAGACGGCUCAGUCCAUAGCGCCUCACUCGUGCUCCUCGCCUGCGGUGGGUGGACGCCUGCAUUGGUGCCUCAGCUCGACGGGAUCACCGAGGCCACGGCCGGGUCUGUAGCUUUGGUGAAGAUCCCGCCUACUUCCCGCCUGAGGGAGAAGUACUCUGAAAAGAACUUCCCAACUUUCCAGUUCAGGAUGUACGGUGGCAGAAACGGAGGACUCUAUGGAUUCGCGUGUGACAAUCGUGGCGUUUUGAAGAUUGGUUAUCGAGGCACCAGAUACACCAACCCUCUGGUACAGCCAGAUGGCAAGGAGAGGAGCGUUCCAAUAACCCGUUGGACGCUGCCACACCGCACCGAUAAGAUCGCCGCUCACGCCCUGGCUGUUAUCAACCACUUCAUUGACGAAGAAAUGCCAGAUGUCCGUGCCGAGGGCCUUGGUAUCACACGCACUCGACUAUGCUGGUACACAGACACCUUUGACGAUCACUAUAUUAUCGAUUACGUGCCUGAGAGUACGAGCCUGAUGGUAGCAACAGGCUGCAGCGGGCACGCUUUCAAGUUUCUUCCCAAUAUCGGGAAACAUGUAGUUGAUAUCUGGGAGAGAGAGGCGACAGACCAACUGCCCAAGUCGAGAUGGCUGUGGAGGCAGCUGCGUGAGGGUCAGAAGCCGGACAAUAUCAUCAUGCAAGGGAGCGCAGGGCCAAACACCUUGUCUAAAGCGAAUAUGGUACUCCUGGUCCAGGAGGCACCCCUUGCUAAACUGUGA